ACCGUGGCUCUGCACUGGCGCACAUACGCCUCUACCUGCAGCCAGCGCGCACCAAAAACUCCUUCCCCAAAGUGUAUUUAUCACUGCGUCAUUUCAGAGCCACGCCACAAUCCAGCAGAGCCACUAACAAACACCAUGAUUGGCUUUUAUUUGUUUGGAAGGCGUCCGCGCUCGUCUCUAACACCAUUUCACCUUUGAAACAUAACAACAGAGAGGAGAUAGCCCGGCUGUCCUUCCAGCCGCAGCUGCUGUUCGUGCGCUGUUCCGCUCUCAGCCCUGACUUUGCCGCUUUUGUCACUGCGUCUCUUUUCCUUGGGCAGUUGGUGAAAACAUUAAAUGUGCUGCGACCAUGUGGAGGUUAACCACACCUUUGAAAGUGGACGUCUCUCCCGCAGCCUCCUGACCAACUUCGUUGCGCGUUGAGAUGCGCCCGACAGAAGAGGAGUUGGAUGAUGAACCUUUUCGCGCUCUCUUUGACCCACAGCGUACAGUGAGAUUUCGCACCGUCAGAGAAACAAGGGCUUCCUAUGUAUUUCCGAGGAAAUCCAACCCGGCGUUGGCUGAGCUGAGUCAUUUCUAACUUUGCUGGGGAAUCUCAUUGAGGAUUUGCAGUUGUUCAACAUGACGGUUCGUCUAUCGCGGAUCCAACUGGCCCUGUUCUUCAUCCUGCUCUGCCCGGUCAACAUCAUCGGACUGUGGUGGGCAGUGGGCAGUCCACUGGUGAUGGACCCCAACAGUAUCUGCAGGAAGGCGAAGCGUCUGGCGGGGAAGCAGGCUGAGCUCUGUCAGACUCAGCCAGAAAUCGUCAACGAAGUGGCCAAAGGAGCCAGACUGGGUGUCAGGGAGUGCCAGUACCAGUUCAGGUACCGCCGGUGGAACUGCACCAGCCACAACAAAUACUUUGGCAAAAUACUGCAGCAAGAUAUUCGGGAGACAGCGUUUGUUUACGCCAUUACAGCAGCCGGCGUGACCCACGCUGUGACCCAGGCCUGCAGUAUGGGAGACCUUCUGCAGUGUGGCUGUGAGGCCACCAGGAACAGAGCACCUCCAAGGCCACCGUCGUCGUCGUCGUCGUCGCCCUCCUCCUCCCCCUCCUCCUCCUCCUCCUCCUCCUCCUCCUCUUCUUCUUCUUCUGGAGAUGGAGUCAAGUGGGAGUGGGGGGGCUGUGGAGAUGAUGUGGAGUUUGGUUAUGAAAAGUCGAAACAGUUUAUGGAUGCAAAGAGGAGAAGAGGCAAGAGUGACAUCAGGACCCUCAUUGACCUGCACAACAAUGAGGCGGGGCGUCUGGCAGUGAAGCUCUACAUGCGGACGGAGUGCAAAUGCCACGGACUGUCAGGCUCAUGCACCCUGCGCACGUGCUGGAAAAAGAUGCCUCAUUUCCGCGAGGUCGGCGACCGUCUGCUGGAGCGCUUCAACGGAGCCUCCAAGGUUAUGGGUGGCAACGACGGCAAAACCCUGAUCCCUGUUGGCCAGAACAUAAAGCCUCCGGAUAAGCAGGAUCUGAUCUACUCAGACGAGUCACCCGAUUUCUGCAUCGCAAAUCGGAAAACGGGUUCACUGGGGACGCGGGGACGCAUGUGCAACAGCACAGCCAUGGACAUCAGCGGCUGUGAUCUGCUGUGCUGCGAGCGAGGCUACCGGGAGGAAACGGUGGUGUUUGAGGAGAACUGUCUGUGUCGUUUCCACUGGUGCUGUGUGGUCCAGUGCAAGAAGUGCUUGGUCCGAAAAGACCUUAGUCUCUGUCACUGAUGAACUGAUGAGAAGGGGGCGGUCACUACCACGUAGUUCAUUCUGAUUACUUCUGGUGUUCAGGUGUUUUCUUUAGUUUGGGUUGUUUGAAAGAAAGAAAGGUGAUACUGAUUUUUUUUUGCACCACUCACGAUCAGAUGCCCCCAAAAUUUGAUUUUCAGACAGUCUUUGACUUCCAGAACGUCCUGGUUUGCUGGCCUAAAAGUUCACAAGGUGCAAGAGCGUAAACAGAACCAUGUGGAACCAAUGGAAAGAGGGACGAAAAGAAGUAAUACUAUAAAGAGUUUCCUAUUCUCUGAGCUACCUAUUUUUUAGUUCUAGUUUAUGAAAAAGGACCAAAGAAUGUGAAAAUAUGUUUUCCAUCUAACCGGAGGGGAGAUGAUACCUAAAGGACCAGGCUACCAGAUUUAUUUUUUGUCUCCUUCUUCAACAACAACAAAACAUGUACUGAUCCACCUGACUUAAUUCUAUAACUGUGUGAAGUAUAUGAAACCUGUUAGGUCUCUGAAAGUUUUCCAGGAACUCUAUGGUAGUAAAAGUCCUUCAGAGACUGUCGUCUAUCCGCAGGACGCUGUGGCAUUUUUUGAGUUUCUUUUCUUAAGUUGUCGUCUCACACAAUCUUGCAAACGAACACUUUCUCAUGCCAAAUACAAAAAAAAAAGAUGCCGGUCUUCACUUUUUCCUGCUACUGCGUCAGAAAAAUGUACAUAAAAGGGAAAUUAUAUCAUGUUAUCAUUUUUUUUUUUUUUUGAAGAUUAACGUCAACUCCACGUUCCGCAGGUGUGAACUUAGCCUGUCAGCAAAGACAGUUAUUUAUAUAAAGAUGACAAGACUACUCACUCCAUCUCCCUCUCAGAAGCACUUUGGAUGUGAUGGCUGCCACGGACUUCCUUAAUAGUUUGGCAACAGGACCUUUUUUGGAGGGGGUU